GUAGGUGGAAUUCAUGGAGAUAUUAAACGAGAAAAUUUUGUAAUGUCCUUAGAACAAAGUUGGAAUAAAAAUGUGAUUGAAAGUAAACUGAUAGAUUUCAACACGGCCGUGAUGCAUGGGCAGUCUCCUAUACUAAAUAUGGCGAAUAUUGCUAAAUUAUUCAAAGCUCCAGAGAUUCAUAACACAGAUCGCGUAACAUUUAUAUUCGGGACUAAGCUUGAAUGGGCAAACUAA